ACACCUUUGUCUGAAUCAGAAUUAUGAUAAAACAACAAAAUGAUUUAUUCUUAUCAACAAUAAUCUCGUCUAUAAAAACGUUCUUUACGUAUACAAACACUCAAUUGAUUUUUAUAGUUAUCUCUUUACACUUUAACAUGAAAUUGAAUACAUGUUUAGUUUUUGUAUUUAUUUAUCUUAACUGGCAGGCUGUCAUCUGCGCCACCUGCUAUAAAUCUGAUUUGGGUACAGGUGAAAGAACUUUUACUUGUCAAAGUGAUGUGAAAAAUUUUAAAGCAAAAAUAAAAUUAGACAUAAAAACUUGUAGAAAUGAUCCUCUGAUAAAAUUUCGUUUUGAAAUUCCUGAACUAAGAAUUGAUUAUGAAACUCAGUUGCAUGCUUCUCAAGAUAUUGAAAUACCUGGACUAUCAUUGAGUGCCUUAGCUGGUUUAUAUAUGCAAGUAAAUUUGGAGGAUGACCAUUCUGGAAAUAUAAAAUUAAAGGUACUUUUGCUUGUUAAACUUUUUGGAUCAACACCACUGGAAAUACCAGUCUUUGAGGAAACUAUCACUGACUCAGAUUGCAACAAUUUCUUAAAGUUAUGGAAUUCUGCAGAUGAUUCGAUAAAAUACGGUGCAAUUGGUGGAAUGGUACUUCUACUUGGGUUAUUUGUUUUGUGUUGUUACUGUUGUUGUUGUAAAAAAAAUAGAUCCAGCUCUGCUAUAAUAAUGUCUGCAAAUACCCUACCAAUGUUUGAAAGCAAAGUUCCUUACAAAAUACAUAAAAAUGUUUAAAGUUGAUUAACAAAAUUAGCUGAACAAUUUUAUUUUCAAUUUUACAUAAGGGCAAAAAAGGUUAAUUAUCUUAAUUAUGCAUCAAAGAUUUAGUUUUUAAUGAGUUUACUUAAAAACUUAUACAGCUAUUUGCUGAAGUGUUUUUGUUACAGAUUUUUCUCUGUUUAGAAUUUGCAUUUUUAUUUUUUUGAAAUUCACGUAAUAGUUGUUAUUGAAUUGAUUUUUUUUUGAAAGGGAGGAAGGUUGUUGCUUGUAGAUAAGGUUUUUUUGUUGAAAAUUGCAUGUUUUUGUCAAA